AUGGCCCCCGGUCCCAAGCGCCGGCCAUGGGUGGCUUUGCAACAUUAUAUAUACCAAUCCAUCCAUGGCCAUGCUGAGCAUCAGUUGGGAAAAAAAACGGGGGUGGCGCUGGCGGGUCAGGGAUUGGCACUGCACAGCGCUCCCACUGGCUUGGCCUCAUACUGCGCCGGGCCACCACCCAUCCAUCCAGCAACAGCCUGCAAGUAUACCAUCUACCCAACUCUCUCUCUCCCCUUUCCACACCCCCCCCUUCCCCUCCUCCUCGCAACUUGGCUUGGCCUGUCCGCGAUCGCUGCACGCGACUCAAGGGCACGCUACACACGUCCACCCUGGCACACGCCUUUGCACAUUCACCUUGGCCCCCGCCACACUGCAUCAGCCCUCUCGUCUGCACUAGCCCUAGCAAUGUGA